AUGACCGAUCAUACUCUACUUUACAUACAGACUUUUGUGCAGAACAAGGCUAAGGAGGUGCUCAUGAGCGCCACGCUCGAUGUGUAUUCAAGCCUCCCGGUGAGGGGUGCCCCAGCAGCUGGCAGAACCCUUCUGGAUCAGGUCAUGGAUCAUGUGCGGGAGCAGUCGGAUGAGUUCAAGUUAGAUUACUUGCCUGUUGGGUUUAUUUCCGGAGACCUUUCGGCCCUUGCAAGUGUGAGCACGGAGAUCCGUGAACGGUUGAAGCAUGAGCGAGGAGCCAUGCGUAAUCUUCUUCUUACCAUGGUCCAUGAGCCCUCGGGUCGUCCAAUCACGCACCCGGUACCAAGUUUGACAAACCUGAUCAUUGAUUUGACCCAGCGGAUGAUUCCAGGUGUUGAGCGCGCCGCUGACCACGCAGCCAACCGGCGUUUGAGAUCGAGAAUUGCACACCUGCGUAUCCAGACCAUCUCGCAUUACGCCAGACGCGGCUCUGGUGAGUCCAACCGACAGUGGGCGAUAAUAGAUGAGCAACUGGUCGAUUUGAGGGCCAGGGACCCGCUGUACCGCCGAGCCUUUUACCGGCUAAUCAUGCAGCUCGAUAACGAAAUGUUCGGCGAUACUCUAUACACUGACAUGGACGUAGACCGUAUCCGAACCCCCACUGAAGACGAGGUCCUGGCCCAAAUGGCUGCGAUGGCGGAAGAACGAUUGUCCGCUGUACCAGCAAAUGUGCGCUCUGCGGAAUGA